UUCGGUCUCUGUUCUCGCGACUCCCAAUAAACGCUACACGUACGCCCGAUUUUUUUCCAUUCUUCGUUUCCCCACCGUUCUCCCCCACCUUCGAUCGCUACAUACGAUCGGAAUAAACGAAUAAACAAAUGGUUUGAUAUUGUUGAAAAAUGGUGUUUUAACCCUCGAUCGCGCGAGCUCUUUUGCUAAUUAUAAUCAACUUACCGAUUUUUAAUUAAUGUGAACACGUCUUCGAAGCUGUGAAACUCCGGAAACUUUAUUGCUCCUGAAGAGAAUCGUAAGCCUCCCGGUCGUGUGUUAUUUGUCCCGAUCAAGCGUCCCCCCGUCUUAUGUGCUCGACGCAAAGUUAUGGUUUUUCAUGCCUCCGUGAAGAUCUGUGAAAAUCCCAUGGUUCUAGGCUCCUCCUUGUGCUGGAGAUAAUUCGUUUGGUUCGAUAGUCGGCGUAUUGAUUUGCCGAAUUGAACGCUGAUUAUCGGGGAUCGGAUGCUGCUUUUAAAAGUGUCAUACCCCACCGAUGAUGAAAUUUAAAUGACCUCCGAAUAAUGGGAUGUUGAUAAUUAUUCGUGUGCUACGAGAACGAUGAAAUCCCGGAGAUUGACGUUCUCGGUGAUUCGGUGCUAAAUCCUCGAGGUUUUUAUUAUCUCUGUUUUCUGGUUUUUCGUUUACGUCGACUACGAAAAGUGUGCAGACUCGAGUGAACAUCGAGCCUGGUUUUCGUUUUAUCAUUUUGUGCUCCGUUUACAGAAUCAUUUCGACAUACCGGUUUUUACCCUCGCUUGUUUACGACCGUGAAAACGCUCGUAUGUUCGUGACGUUUCGGGCCGCUUUUAUAUUCGUGCCCUGUGAGUUGUGAUGAUAUGAUUCGGGCAAGGAGGGAACGCGUUUUUCUUCCUCGAUUUAAACCACUUUUUAAUCGAAUCUGCUUUCAAUAUCCGGACGCACUACUUAAUAACAACGCUACGGAGCAAACAACUUUCUUCUUGUAUGAUCGACGAACGAGGCUUUUCUUCGACUCACGUUUGACGGAUAAAGCUGUUUUGGAACCACUACCGUCGUGGUGAGUAGUGGUCUCCAAUCGUUCGAAACGGAAGAAGCGGCUGAGAAGCUGCACCGGGAUAGAAGAAGAUAUGCGAAGUAAGCAGCAGCCAAGGCCGUCGUUUCGUUGGCCCCAGCAACGCGGUGAUAACGUUACCGGAGAAGACGGUGUGGAGGGUACGGGUCCUGGUACAGAAUUGCAAGCCGAUGAAGAAGAUUGUGUAGAUGAGGAUGGCCCAAUCAGCCCGAGUGAAAGAGGUUGUCCACGAACGGUCAAAGAAGAUGAAGAGGAAAUUGACUGUAUCGACGAUGAGGAUGAGGAUGCUUCCCCAGUCACACCACCACCAUCAGCAACGUCAACCUUAAAUCCUGCAACUCUCAGAGAUACAGGACCUCCUGACAGGGAUCCAAUGAGCCCUCGAUGUCCAUCUCGCGAUUCGCGAGAAUCGUCCGGUCCAGCUGUUGGAAGUCCGCCACCUCCUGUUAUUAAUCGGCGCAGUACGAGUCCUGUUAGUCCAAACAGCAUCGUGCCCUUACCCCUUGGACCGCAUCCACUUUUGCCGCCACACUCUGCAGCUGUAAUGGCGGCAUACAUACAGCAGACUCAUCAGCGCCUGCUCCUCGGUCACUCACCAUUAUCGCACGGUUCGGCAUCACCACUGGUAUCAUCUUCGUGUUCGCCACCCGCUGCAACGGCAGGACUUUUAGUAUCGCCAGCGAGUGGCGGCGAGAUUUCUCCUGCAGCUACACCGCUUCCAGCUGUUUUAGAUUUUAGCACGAGAAAAUCGUCCCCAGUCGAAGAGGAAGAUGAUCAGCACAUAUUGAAUCUGACCAAGCCACCAACCCCAUCGUCGUCAACGGAAACAAACAACGGCCCUCUCGAUUUGUCGGUUUCCAGUAGAAAGCGUCCGAGUGUUGAAGAUUCACCGCCUCCGCCACCGCGAAAAUCUUCGAGGCUGGCUGCGUCAACGCCUACGGCUCACCACGAGUCUCCAUCUACUCCAACUUCUUUUGGACGACCAGUUGUUUCGCCGUGGACGUCACCAGUUGUGGCCUCCCACUUUCCGUACUUCGCUGCCGCAGUAGCGGCAGCUACUAGUCAGCAACAACUCUCGCCUAAGAGUACGUCCGCUGUAGUGGAUACGCAUCAGUUAUGGAACGGUAAGAUGAAACCUCCCGCUGCACUCGAUAAGCCAUAUCAGCCGAGUGAAGCCACAAAGGCUUUAGAAAAAAUGAGUGAACUGAGUAAACUGGGUGGUGAAGAAAUGUACAGAUCAUCAUCCGGAGGAUCUGGUAACAGUUCGAUCGGUAGCAAUCCAACUGGAACAUCAGGAAGCAGGCACAGUGCUUGGCAAUCGCAUUGGCUGAACAAAGGUGCUGAUCAGGCCAAAGAUGUCCUAAAGUGCGUCUGGUGCAAGCAAAGUUUCCCGACAUUGGCAGCAAUGACGACGCACAUGAAAGAAGCAAAACAUUGCGGUGUUAACAUGCCCGUUCCGCCACCCUCGUCGGGUCUACAUUCCCAGCAAGCAUCGAUGCCAACGAUACCACAAUCUCAAAAUCAACACCAACAUCAACAUCAGCAUCAACAUCAACAUCAAUCGCAGAGCUUAGCUGGAGCCAGCAAUAAUAAUGCAACACCGAGUAGCAAGCAGAGUCCAUCAGAGUUGAAUCUUUUGAUCAAAGAGACCAUGCCGUUACCGAGAAAAUUAGUACGUGGUCAGGACGUUUGGUUAGGCAAAGGGGCCGAACAAACGAGACAAAUCCUGAAAUGCAUGUGGUGCGGUCAGAGCUUCCGAUCCCUUGCUGAAAUGACGUCACAUAUGCAGCAGACUCAGCAUUACACAAAUAUUAUAUCACAAGAGCAAAUAAUUUCAUGGAAAUCGUCAGACGAAAGCAAAGGUGGAUCGGGUGGAAGUGGCGGCGGAGCAGGUGUUGGAGGUGGAGGUGGUGGUGGCGGCGGUGGAGGUGGGGGAGGAGGGAGUGGUGGAGGAAGCGGAGGAGGAGCCGGGAGCUUACCACCAGGAAGUGGCGGUGGACAACAUGGCGGAAGCACGGGUGGCCCUGGUCUAGGUGGCGGAGCCACGAGUAGUCAUGUCAGCGCCGUACUGACAUGCAAGGUUUGCGAUCAAGCUUUCAGUUCCCUUAAAGAGCUGAGUAAUCAUAUGGUGAAAAAUUCGCACUACAAAGAGCACAUCAUACGAUCGAUCUCAGAAAGUGGAGGACGUCGUAGACAAACGCGUGAAAAGAGAAAAAAGUCACUGCCUGUUAGAAAGUUAUUGGAACUUGAACGCGCUCAAAAUGAGUUCAAGAACGGUGAUGCCAAUUCGGGUUUAUCGUACAGUUUGGGCAAACACGCUGGUAGGAUAACCUGCGAGAAGUGCGGUGAGAAAAUCGAAACGACCAUUUUCGUUGAACAUAUUCGGCAAUGUAUCGGAGCUGGGACUAUCGGUGUUAAUCAAAGAAAUUUUUUGAAGAGCGCUCUAAUGUCGAAUCACAUGCCGCAAGUGCUACCACCCAGUGAAAGCGGUCGUAAGAGUGUGAACGAGGAUACGUCUUCGGUUUCAUCGAGACACCAUCGAUCUCCAUCCUCGGCGAGUGACGCGACAACCCCUGGGAAGGAGACUCCUACACCUAGUGCCAACGAGGGAACGGGCGGUACUUCAUCGCCAUCCGUACUAAAUGCUAUCGAGAAACUCAUCGAAAAAAGCUUCGACUCUAGAGUUCGUCAUGGAACACCGGGUCUCCAUCACUCUCAGCCGGGAGCGCCGAUGGGCUCGAGCAUCCUCAAACGAUUAGGCAUCGACGAGAGCGUUGAUUAUACGAAACCACUUGUCGACGCACAAACAAUGAAUCUCUUGAGAUCGUAUCAACAACACCAACAACAACAUUAUAAUUCUACGAGUGCGGCAGCGAGGCGAGAAAGGAGUGGUAGUGAGUCCAGUUCUAUAUCGGAACGAGGGAGCAACCGAACGGAUGCAAUGACACCUGAGAGGCGGAUGGAUCUUUCUAUGAGUCAUGACAGGUUGUCGGGAUCCCACUCACAUCGGCAUCGAGCUACUCCGGAUAAACAGAUCGUGGCACCACCCAGUCGACAGCAGACUCCCUGCGAUCCAGAUUCCGGUGACGAGGAAUCCGUAAUUGUAAAGAAAGAACCACGAGAUGAAGAUUCCGAGGCUCCACCGGCGAACGAAGAAGAACCUGCACCACAAGCCACAUCACCUAGGGAAGUGCUUGUAAAGAACGAAGUUGUAGACGAAUCCAGAGACGACGAGGAGCCAAUAAAUUACGGAGCUACGAAUCAUCGUCGGAGCAGUCUGCACGAAAGUACAGAAGAAGGUCGGGAAGUUUUAUCGCCUCAUGUGAAUCCACCUACACCUAGGCCAGCAAGUCAAGUUGAACAAAUUGCUCGAAGUCCGUGCAGAAACAGUACGAGCAGUCCAGCUAGCAGUGAUCGUUCGGUGACGCCGAGGGGUACACCGGACACGAAAGCGUCCAGUAGUCUCGGGGCCCUGUCUUCCAUGUUUGACAGUUUAUCGGGUGGCGGAGGUGGCUCCGGUGGAGUAACCGAUUCUCACGGUCGCAAAACGAGUAGUCACCCAUUGGCUGCCCUCCAAAAGCUUUGUGACAAAACAGAGACUCGCGGUAGUUCGGGCAACUCCAGUGGCGGCUCCAGAUCCGCUUCUGCUAAUGCACCAAACAUCGGCACUGGGAGUAGUAGUGGAUCCGGAACUUCGGGUCCAGGACCUGGGCCAACGCCCGGUGCGAUAUUAGCCUUCAGUUGGGCUUGUAACGACGCAGUCGUUACGGCGGAUUCGAUAAUGAAGUGUGCUUUUUGUGACACGCCUUUCAUAUCGAAAGGUGCGUAUAGGCAUCAUUUGUCUAAAAUGCAUUUCGUAAAAGACGGUGUUAUUCCGGACCCUGUGACGAUCAGUAGAACGGCAGCGGCCGCCGCGGCUACUUCAACAGUAUCUCAACAAUCAUCCGGUGGUGGGCCAAGCCGUAGUUCGACAUCGCCACCAAGCUCACAACGCAACAAAUCCCCACCCGUGCCCCAGGCUAACGGAAGUCCAUCGCAGCCGUCCGCCUCACCGCUCGAAGAGAGUCCUCAUUCAAAAUUUCUCAAGUAUACGGAGCUGGCCAAGCAAUUGUCUAGCAAGUACGUAUAGUCCGAGCCCCGUAAGUAGCGGUGCCAUUUGUACAUAAGUGUAUCUAUACUACGACGCGACUGUUAAUGCGACAAACAAAUAAACAAGAACAAUGACGCGGUCAUUAGUUAGGUUAUUAUUGCUAUUAUGAUUACUACUACAGAUAACUUUAACGACAGUCUUAAAAAGUCGAGGGGUAUGGACGACAACGAUGAUCUCGUCAUUCGGCAAUUUCAGAAGUAUCAUCCUUCGUAAACAACUCAUUCUCCAUAAUGUUUGCGUCGACGUUUCGUAAAUAAAUUCAAACAUUUUUGGCAUUUAGAAGCGCCGAAUAUUACGUUAAUAAAAUACUUUGGUUUUCCCAAGAGAUUCUAGGAAAAAAAGGAGCCUGAAUUGUUUUUUUCGUAUCAGCGCAAAUCUCUUCCGAAUGAAUAAUCUUUCAUUAUGAACCGACCCCAUCAUUAUUUAACGAUGAUUUUGUAAUCUAAGUGGAAAUUAAUUCUCUCUUCGGACCGUCAUUCCUUGCUUGUAUAUAUCCUAUUUUGUUGCGUUACCUCUGGCUCCAGGACACUUCGUAGAUUUUCAUUACUACACGAGGAACUUGGUAUCGAUGGUGAAAAAUAGUCCUCGUAUCUCACUGUCAAGUGAAUGCUUGAUUUUUAACAAAGCUUGUUGAAAAAUAUCGCUUAAAUUUCAAUGCAAAAAAUCAUUAUUGUUUUUUGUUGUUCGAACGUGGAUUGCGUGACAAACAGACAAUUAUUUCGGAUAGUGUUAUCUAUUCUGUAAAAUUUUUUUUUUACCAGCAAGCUUAACGCUAUUUCAACUAACUUUGGAGAUGAAAAGUUUGAGAUUUUUUAAAUCUGAUACCCGUGCAAUAAAGGAUGGAUCAAACGGUGUUGUCAUUAUCCGAAAAAUCCGCUCGCUGGUAAUAGAACUGAUACUAUUAAAUAAAUGAAUAAACUUUCUUUACAAACUGUAGCAGAUUAAGCGAGCACGUGUCCAAGUUCCUCGCGCCUAAUGCGUACCUACUCUGUUCUUCUACUCGAGAGGGACAUUUUCAAUGUCAGACUACUGCGGGAGAACGGAUUGUAGCAGAUGACUUUUUUCUCUUUUUUCCAUCCAUUUUUUUACUACCAACCCCACACAGAAACGACAUCCGCGAUACUUAACGUAUACAGUAGCUCUGUAUAAUAAUCAAAAUUUAGGGCGAGGUCGACUUGAACAGAUGAGAAACGCACGCAUUCCCGCGAUUCAGGGAAUAUGUGCGCAAAUGUAUGUGCGCUCGUGUGCGUAUAGGUGGGUGCGUCAAGCUGGUAAAAGAAAAGAAAAGCAAAAACAAAACAAAACAAAACAAAAAUACGAAGAAACAAAAAAAGAAACACAAGUGUUGAUUAAUUGUGAUGCCACCAUAUCUCGCCGAUAAUGCUGAGUCACAUGUUGGCUCGGCAAGCGGCCAAGUUUGUGAUGUUAUUAUAAAUACUUAAGGAUUUAACGUCGACAGGAUGUCUGCAGAGACAGAGCGCGAAGUAGAAAGGACUGGGCAAACUGGUGAAAGAGAAAGAUGUAAAAACGAAAAGAAAAUGAAGCAGAAAAAAAAGGAAAGAAAAGAAAGAAAGAAGAUACAAAAUUUAAAUGAACGAGCGAACAAAACACAAACACACAUACACGUACACACACUACCAUAAGACACAAGAAAGAAAACCUGUUGUGAAAUUUCGACCCUCGGUAUGUAUGCCUUUAGAUUUUAAGGACUAGGUCUCAUUAAUAGGGCUCAGAAUGUAAGCUAUUCUAGAAGGGUGAAAAUUGUAUAGGCAUCUCUCGUUGUUAAUACUUACGCGGAAAGAGUGAACUAUUAGCGAUGAAAGAAGAAGAAGAAAAAAAACAUAACCCGGUGAAAACAAAAACAUAAAAUUAA